UUUUAUUAUUAUUAUUAUUAUUAUUAUUUUUUAUAUAUAGUGUAAGAAAUAACAGUGAUUUGUUUCUGAUCUGAGCUCUGAACCACACACAGAUAUGAUGCAUUGAAUUGAAUUGAAGAAUAUGUACAACCAAAUUGAAACACAACAACAAAAUUGAACAGUUACUGCUUUUGAGUACUACUACUACUCUCGAGAUCUAUCUAUCUAUAUAUCUUUCUGGAUUGGAUUGGGAUUGGAUUGGGAUCGAUCUCAUAAUAACAAAUGCAUGGCCACAGCCGCCUCGGAAGGACCAAGAGCGGCGGCCUCGCUGGAACCUCAUCCUCCUCAUCAAAAUCAACAUGCUCCAAAUUUGUAUUCCUUCUUAUGUCUGCCAUUUUCAGAAGACGAGGGUUGCUUCUAUUUGCGCCUUUAUUCUAUAUUUCAGGAAUGCUAUUGUAUAUGGGUUCUUUAAGCUUCGAUGUUGUUCUUGUACAAAAACACCCUCCUCCUCUUCCUGGUUCUAUUUAUACAAGUCCUCAACUCUUUCAUCAUCUUUGGCCUUUCAUGGAAUUCGAAUCCGACACCAACAAUAAUAACGCAACUUCCACAAAUCUCUUGAUGAAAGUUUGGAAUGUCAAAGAGGAUAGACAGUGGAAGCCUUGUGCUAAUAGAACUCUUCCUCAAAUAGAAUUUCCCAAGUCAAACGGUUACCUUAUAAUUGAAGCAAAUGGUGGGCUCAAUCAGCAACGCUUGUCGAUAUGUGACGCAGUUGCUGUGGCUGGAUUGCUAAAUGCAACUCUUGUUAUUCCAUUAUUUCAUUUAAAUAGUGUAUGGAGAGACUCAAGCCAUUUCGGUGACAUUUUCGACGAAGAUUUCUUCAUACAAUCACUUCAGAAACAUGUGCAUGUGGUAAGAGAACUUCCAGAUGACAUACUUCAACUGUUUGACAAUAACAUAAGUAACAUUGUCAAUCUUAGAGUAAAGGCCUGGUCUAGUCCAGCUCACUAUCUUAAGAAGGUUCUUCCAGAGCUUUUGGAAAUGAGGGCUGUUCGUAUUGCACCUUUCUCCAACAGAUUAGCUCAGUCAGUACCCUCCAAAAUCCAAGGGCUUAGGUGCUUUUCCAACUUUGGAGCUCUUAGAUUUUCGGAACCUAUUAGAACGCUUGCGGAAAGUAUGGUCGAUCGGAUGGUUAAACUUAGUUCCCAAAGUGGUGGAAAAUAUGUUUCAGUGCAUCUUCGUUUUGAGGAGGAUAUGGUUGCAUUUUCAUGUUGUGAGUAUGACGGUGGGGCGGAGGAGAAACAUGAAAUGGAUAUUGCUCGUGAAAGGAGUUGGCGAGGUAAAUUCAAAAGAAAGCAUAGGAUAAUAAAUCCUGGUGUAAAUCGAGUGGAUGGAAAAUGUCCUUUGACUCCAUUGGAGGUAGGAAUGAUGCUUAGAGGCAUGGGUUUCGAUAAUACAACCUUAGUAUAUGUUGCAGCAGGAAAAAUUUAUAAAGAACAAAAGUACAUGGCACCACUUAAACAGAUGUUUCCAAGAUUACAAACGAAAAAUACACUGGCAACUCCAGAAGAGCUUGCCCAAUUUUUGGGCCACUCAUCUAGGUUGGCUGCUCUUGAUUAUACUGUUUGCCUUCAUAGUGAAGUAUUUGUUACAACUCAGGGUGGAAAUUUUCCUCACUUCUUGAUGGGUCACAGGAGAUAUAUGUAUGGCGGGCAUUCAAAGACAAUUAAACCCGAUAAGAGAAGAUUGGCUCUAUUAUUCGAUAACCCUCAUGUAAGAUGGGAAGUAUUUAAGCAACAUAUGAAAGACAUGCUUCACAAUAGUGAUCUAAAGGGAACCGAGGUAAAAAAGGCUGGUGGUUCCCUAUAUACUUUUCCCAUGCCAGAUUGCAUGUGUAAACAGGUAGAACCAAAAAAUGAAAAUGCUAACAUCGGGAAAAAUUUGAAAUUAUAAAUGUAAAGAAUUGUCUUUAGGAAAUCAAAUUGUUCAGUAGAUGUAAUUUAUAUCUAUAUCAUUAAGUUUGAAUUCACAAAAGAAAAGUAGUUUGAUUCAAACUUGAAGAAAAGCCAUAGACUAAGGUUUCACUUUUUUCUUUUUUUUCUCUGAUUUAUUAAUAAUAGUUAGAUGUGAAAUUAUAAUUCUUUGUUCAUGAGAUUGUUGUAAGCCAAGACAGGCUUGCACCUGAUUAUGAAGAUUCAUUUUUGGAGGACUGACGAGCUUUGUGACUACUCAAGUUACUAAACCAAGCUGUUCAUUUAACCAGUGAUAAAAGAAUAUAACAGUUGGUUGCUAUUGUUGCUGAGAUGAUUCAUUUUCCUCAUAUGUCAUGUGCAGAAAUAGUUUAGCAAUUUUAUUUUUGUAUUGUAUAAUAACCGGUCAUUGUAGAAAACUAGAAAUAGUUUAAAAGUUUUAGCAUAAAUAAGAAGGCUGAAAUUGGGGUAGUGUUUUCA